GUGGCCUGUGUGAUUAAAGAAGGGGACCCCAGAUGGAGGUGACAUGGUGCAGGCAGGACUGGACUCCAUGGCGUCCAGGGUCUUCAAAGGUCAGACAACCUCUUCUCCAGGAGCGGGCAUUGGUCGAUGUCCACGGAGUGGGAGCGGGCAUCAAAGGUUGUGAAUGGAGCUCUCCCAGAUACUUCCCACUCCCCUGCCUUUGUCCUCUUCCUUAUCACAGAGCCCCCAGCAAGUUCCAGUAGUCCAGGCCAGGUGGAUUUUCCACAUCUGGGCUCCAAGUCUUAAAGCACCGGCCUGGAGGUGCUCUAAUCUCCCACCCUGCCCCAUUAUGCACAUGAGCCUGAAGGGUACAGAGGAGAAGCAGUGAACUCAGAGCUAGGCUUCUAGGCAAGGGCACAGUCUCACCCCUCGAGCACCCAGACCCCAUCUCCUCACCCGGGGAUCCAAGUAGGUCAUAUGUUAGCAUGGGCCCCCCCGAAGGAAGGUGGGAGAGCGAAGAGGGCCUUUCCGCUCCUUUGGCUCUGGACAUGGAAUAAUCAUCACUUCCUUCUCCAAAUAACUCUUGGCCCUCCCUGGAGCCAGAUGGCGGAUGUUUGGAAUUUAUGUUGUAAAUAGUACUGGGGUGGUGGGGGUGGGGGUACAUGUUUUACUUUCUCCAAGCCCCAGAAAGGAGGGAAGUGAGGGAGGGAGAAGUGAGGGGAAGGAAGAGAGGAGAGAGAGGAGAGCAGAGAGCAGAGCCAGAGGAAGGGGAACAGAGAUUGCUGGUGUGAGGGGGAUGAGUCCAGAGGGAAGGCAGAGAGAGGGCGAAAGAGGGACGGGGAGGGGGCUGCCUGGGUGCAGGCGCCGACAAGCUCCAUCUUGAGAUCAGGAGCGAUCCCUGAAGUUUUCUAAAAAUAGCUCAGUCGUUCCCCCAGCGGGUCUGGCAGCAGGGACCAAGAAAGGCAGUCGUGCCCUUUUAUGGUGUUCCUCCUUGCCAUCUCCAUCUUCCUGGGGCUGGGUCAGCCCAGGAACUCCAAAGGCAAGAGGAAGGGGCAGGGGCGUCUUGGGCCCCUGUCCCCUGGGUCUCAGCAGGUGCCGCAGGACCUGGUGUCAAGAGUGAAGCCGUAUACCCGGAUGGAUGAGUACGAGAGGAACCUUGGGGAGAUGGUGGCCCAGCUGCGAAACAGCUCUGAGCCUGCCAAGAGAAAAUGUGAGGUCAACCUGCAGCUGUGGUUGUCCAACAAGAGAAGUCUCUCUCCUUGGGGCUACAGCAUCAACCACGACCCCAGCCGCAUUCCUGCGGACCUACCGGAGGCACAGUGCCUGUGUCUGGGCUGUGUGAAUCCCUUCACCAUGCAGGAGGACCGCAGCAUGGUGAGCGUGCCUGUGUUCAGCCAGGUGCCUGUGCGCCGCCGCCUCUGCCCACCUCCGCCACGCACCGGGCCUUGCCGCCAGCGCGCCGUCAUGGAAACCAUCGCUGUGGGCUGUACCUGCAUUUUCUGAACCACCUGGGUCCUGAUGCCAGGGCCUGCAGCCCUGCAACACCCCCCUUCCCGCCCCACCAUGCCGUGCAAGGCUGGUGAAAAGUAAACGCCAUCUUUUAUAAAGCAAGA